AUGGGAAUGGGAUUGAUAGGGAGAGUCAAAGAUUAUUCCUGUGUUGUUUGGUCAACCAGGGAAUUGUGUUGGGUCAAUGAGGAGCGUGUGAUGGUGGAGAGGGAUGAUGAAGGGCGCGUCAUUAUGGCACCGAAAGCAGAUCUUCAAGGAGCUGAUUCGUGGUGCAAAGACCAAAGUGACGUAGAUUUGCAUGACAAUGACAUUAGAAUUAUUCGGAUUUCGGCGGGUGCAACAGUUUCAACAUCGGCACUUGUGUGGUGA